AAGUCUGACCAAUCGGAAGAAGCCAACUCCAACGGAAAAUAUUGUCUUUGUUCGGAUAUUUUGCCAACUUUAUUGUAAUAUUUGGGCCCAUCUAUUUACUUUUCAGGGAUAUUGUGGAUAUGGGUGUGCUUAUUUUGUUAAGAAAGGAUCACCUCUGGAAACGUUUAUUGUGGUCUUUGUUCGCUGCCACGUGUUCAAGUUUUAAGAAGCCAGCCUGAUUUCAUCACACGUCUCCCCUCCCCCAUCCACCGCAGGGAGCUGAGGAAGAAGGCGGACAUGUUGGAGGAAACGUGUUUGUUAAAAAGUAUCGAGGUGGAAGACAAGAUGAUUUUUGGAAGAAAGGUUUCGCGUUGUUUGGGGAUUUUACACAGAGAUACCUAAAACUAGUUUGAAUGUUUUAUGUUUACCUACAAUCUUGCGACUUUAAUUUUAGGUUUAUUUAAAUUCAGCUUUUGUUAACAUGAUCAACGUUCUACAUUAUUGGCUUUGUUUGAUUACAUAUAGUCCUCCAUGUUGUUUUUCUUUAUUUCUCAGUGACAUUGUGGGGAAUAUGUAACCUUGGUGUGGGGGAUGGGCGUGUUGGUUAGGUAACUGUUUUGUUUAGUAUGAUUUUAGUGAAGCCCGUUUACAUAGAUUGAUGUGAGCUUUUCUUUUAAUUCACUACUAGUAAUUUGGUCUAAAGUCUAAACGUAAUCCGCCUGUAUUUAAUAGUUACUGUUUUGGGGGAUGUCCUCUAUUUCCCCUUUACUGUUUUAAUAUAUAUUAUUAAGUGUAUAUUACUCACCUUCUUGUUUCAGUUUUGGGGAUUUUUGUUCGAAUGUAAAGAAAGAAAAGGCAAGGUUAGUGUGUAUAAACUGCUGUGUCAUUCAGUCGGUGUAGCUUAGCUAGCGACAUGACCCUCCCAAUCCACGUAGUCGUCUGCCUGAUGUAACACUUCGUUUUGAAAUUCAACAAGUUGUUCUUUUCCUUCACGUUUACGGAUGGUCGUAUCGGUCAUCGGUUUUAUUUUAUUUUCUGAGGUUAGUCUGGCCUUUACGUGCCUUGUUUUUCUGAUUUAAAUAUUUUAUUGCUUUGUUCCGUUUCUGAUGUUGGCAAAUGUUCUUAGCAUAUUGUUAUUUAAACGUUUUUUUGUUUUAAAUCCACUGACUAUUUGUAUCUAUCGUACAAAUAAGUCAUCGAUGUUUAAGCGCCCAAGAUGGCGACUGCACACGUUUUCUAAAAGACAGCGGAUGUGCUGUAAGCGCAGUUGGUAAGGGGGAGGCUCUUGCCGGGGGGUACUUGUGACCGGCUAAACGAACCAAUAGGAUUCCCUGUUUGUCAGAGCCAAAGCCCGCGUUAUUUCUAUGGUGGCCAACCCAGGGAUCGGCUUUUACUGAGUUGACGUAAUGAUGAUAAAAAUCUUUCGUGCUCCAUGUGUUUGUCGGUUAAUCAUGUCACGGUUUUAACCAGUUGGCAUCACAGACGACGUUUAAGUCAAGUUUACCUAUCGUCUUCCUGAGCUAAUUUCUAAGCUUGUAGGUCGUCCUGGAAGGUUUCUCUUCGAGCUUCCUCUGUCUAGUGGGCGUGGUGAUUUUGAUGGACUUUGUUUCUCGUCAAAUAAAACCGAGGAAGGCGGGGACUUAAAGUGCCAGUCCAGCCAAUGAAACAGGCUGAUGGGCUAUAAAAGAACGGGUGUUGUCGCACAGUCGCCAUUUCAACGAAGUAGUGUUCUCUGUGUUGUCUUGGCGGGAGCGGAAAAAACUGGCGACCGGAGACGGAUCCUGGUUUUGACUGACAAAACAGAAUCCGGAUUCAUCCUGAUGGAUAUGGCUGUCAACCCGCCUUUUGACAGCUCUCACACUGGGUAUGAGAUUGGACAUACAGGAGUCAUGAUGGAUCAGAGUGCAGCAGGAAAGCGCAUUCGUAAACCCUCGCUGCUCUACGAGGAUUUUGAAAGUCCUGGGAUGCCCGCCAUCAGUCAGAUGGCCCCCUCAGGACCCCCACAGCCUCCAGUGAGGGACCCUAGCAGGCAUGGAAGGAUGACCAACCAGCUUCAGUUUCUACAGAAAGUGGUGCUUAAGUCUUUGUGGAGGCACCACUUUGCCUGGCCUUUUCAUGAACCUGUAGACGCCGCCAAGCUCAACCUACCUGACUAUCACAAAAUUAUCAAAACUCCCAUGGACAUGGGCACCAUAAGGAAAAGAUUAGAAAACAACUACUACCGCAGUGCCAGUGAGUGCAUGCAGGACUUUAACGCCAUGUUUACCAACUGUUAUAUUUAUAACAAGCCAACAGAUGACAUUGUCCUGAUGGCUCAGUCUCUGGAAAAGGCAUUUUUGCAGAAAGUGGCUCAGAUGCCUCAGGAGGAGAUAGAACUGCCCCCACCUGUUCCACGGAGCAAGCAAUCUAAAAGUCUUAAAAAGGGAAGGAACAAUUCAAUCUCAGGAGGAGUGACAACAGCCCAUCAGGUCCCAGCCGUGUCCCAGUCGGUGUACUCUCCUCCCACUCCAGAAACACCAGACUCCAUCCUUUCCACACCCCCACAGACAAUUCUGACCAAGUGCAGCAGCAUCACCCUUCAACCGGAGCAGACUAUCCCUGCCAUCACAGGCCCACCUCCUACACAGCCUACAGCUAAGAAGAAGGGCGUGAAGCGGAAAGCAGACACCACAACCCCAACCACUAUGGCAAUGCCAAUUAUGAGCACUCUGGGGGUCACUGGCAUCGGCCUGGGGAUGGUUGGGGGUCAUGACUCCCCGCUCACCCUCACCUCCCUGGGAAUGGACCACAGCUCCAGUCUUGGAAUGAAUCAGGCCAUCAGCAUUAGCCAGGGGAUGGGGAUGGGCAUGGGCGGCGGAACAAUGAUGCUCGGCGCCAAAGCAACAUCUGGGAGUCGGAGAGGAGUGAGCGGACGGCCCAUCAAACCUCCAAAAAAAGACCUGCCCGAUUCGAUUCUGCCCACUCCUGUGCGGCGCAGCAAGCUGAGUCCGCAGCUGCGCUACUGCAGCGGCGUUCUGAAGGAGCUGCUGUCCAAGAAGCACGCUGCGUACGCCUGGCCGUUUUACAAGCCCGUGGAUGCCGUGUCACUUGGUCUUCACGACUACCACGAAAUCAUAAAGUUUCCCAUGGACCUCAGUACCAUCAAGAGGAAAAUGGACGGCAGAGAGUACAGAGAAGCCCAGCAGUUCUCUGCAGAUGUGAGGCUGAUGUUUUCAAACUGUUACAAAUACAACCCCCCCGAUCAUGAUGUUGUGGCCAUGGCCAGAAAACUCCAGGACGUGUUUGAAUUCUGCUUUGCUAAAAUGCCAGAUGAGGCCCCAGCACCACCGAGCUCCACGUCUUCUUCCUCCUCGUCUUCCUCGUCCUCUGAGAGUGAGCUCAGCAGUGACGGUGAGGAGAGUGAGAGCAGCCCGAGCUCUGACUCUGAAGAGGAGAGGGCAAACCGACUGGCAGAGCUGCAGGAACAGCUGAAAGCCGUUCAUGAGCAGCUUACUGCUCUCUCUCAGGGUCCCAUUGUUAAACCCAAGAAAAAGAAAGAGAAAAAAGACAAGAAAAAGAAGAAAAGAGUGGAAAAGGAAAGACAUCGGAGAAUAGAAGACGAUCUGACUCCCAUCAGACCACCCAAAGCCCCCAAAAUGACAAAGACGUCAAAGACUAAGAGGAUGGAUUGUCCUGUCAUACCGAUGAAGAAGACUCAGAGCAAGAAAAACAGCAAAAGCAAAUCCAAAAAGGCAGCAAUCACCUUCAAUAUGCCCCAUCAUGAUCCUUUGGUGGGUCAUUUCGACUCUGACGAAGAGGAAGACACGGCGCCCAUGUCGUAUGAUGAGAAACGCCAGCUCAGCCUGGACAUCAACAAGCUGCCUGGAGAGAAGCUGGGCCGUGUGGUUUACAUCAUUCAGUCGCGUGAGCCAUCGCUGCGGGACACCAACCCGGAGGAGAUCGAGAUCGAUUUUGAGACUCUGAAGCCGUCGACUCUGCGGGAGCUGGAGAGAUACGUCAUGACGUGUCUGAGGAAGAAACCCAGGAAGCCGUACGUGAGUACAAAGAACAGUGCUGGAAAAUCCCGGGAAGAGCUGGCUCUGGAAAAGCAGAUGGAGCUGGAGAGGAGGCUGAUGGAUGUCAGCGGUCAGCUGAACUCUGGAAAGAAGCCUGCGAAAAACAAACCUGAUAAACCGGCUUCAGACGUUCACACCCAGCCGUCACGCCUAAGUGCUAGCAGCUCAUCCUCAGACUCCUCAUCAUCGUCGUCUUCAUCCUCAUCCUCAGACACAAGCGAGUCAGACUCUGGCUGAGGGGGGGAUGCCCCGGAUUGUCACUAAAGGGUCAUGUGACCUGAGGUAUCCCUCCCCCCUGCAAGCAGCCUGAACUGUUGCACAACUUCUGAGGGCGGAGCUGCUGCAGAUGUGGUCUGCAGAACCAGCUCAGCUAGUGAUGUCAACCUGAGAAAGGACAGAUGGGAUGUCCCCUGCGCUCGCUCAUGCCGUCCAGGACAGAGCAGAGGGUGGAGGCCAGAGGAGGACAACGAUUGAACCAACAUGGGUGGAGCGAGGGAUGCUCCAUCUCCUGCAGAUAAAGAUCGAUGCAUAAGUCGGAGGGAUGUGGUGCUAAUACCAGAAUCUGUCAUUUCUGGAUGUUUUUUUCCCUUCUUACCAUGCUCUCUGUCUUUAUGCUGUAACAGAAAAGAUGUACAGUGAUAUAAUAUGUAUUUUUCUUUUAUAAAGAAGUGUUUUACGGAGCUAAUUUAUUCCCUGCUAUUUUGGGAACGAUUGAACUUGCAGUUUGUGUGUUUAGUUUUUGUUCUCCAGUAAAGAGGAAACGUGUUGGGAUGAACGCUGGAGUGUGGAGUCAGGCACCACAGGCCUGUCCCUGUGACGUUCCUCACAGUUUUGAAGCAGAAGCUCCUUCUGCACACAGAAGCACCUUGUUCCAGUAGAUGACAGAAUGCAUGCAAUACAGUAGAGCAGACAGACAUGUCCUCUCACCUUAUCUCUGUCCUUCAUGUUGGUCUGGACUCAGACAUUGUACAGAAAUGUUUCAUAGCUGCAGUUUCUGUGUUAAACUUUCUGUUUCCAUGUCGGCUGUCUUUUUUUUUUUUUUUUUUUUUCACUCGAUACACCUUUUCUGUAAACAUUUUUUUAAGUCUGUGACCAAUCUGCUAAUAAAUUGUGAGGACGUGUCCUGUUCACUCACCUGUGCUCUGAGAAUCA